AUGCGACGGGGACGAGUUCGAAGUGCUUGCGUCCGCUGCCGACGCCAGAAACUCAAGUGCGAUCCCAGCCUUCCGUGUCAGUUAUGCAUUCGAUCCGGUGUACAAUGCGUGUCUUCGACAGAUAUUUUACCUAGCCCAACUAAACCGAGCAAACCGUGUAGCAAUGCUCUGGACUUCUACUCAUCCACCCCAGUUGCUGGCAAACGAAAAGCAGACGUCCCGCGUCAAAGCAAUGUGAAAACCCAACGUACUCAGCAAUCGGCGGACUCGGUACAACAGGUCGAAUAUGUAUCGGUCGUCCGGCUUGUGGAACAGAUAUUGGCCUCGACAAACAAGGGCAUAUGGGUCGACAGCCCGUUACACCAAGCCGUUUUGCCUCGUCGUCAAGACCGCUACGCACAAGACGCUUCCAGGAAAAGCAUUCAAGACAUCUUGGGCGAGGAGAUGCCGCCUCAAGAAAUUUGCGAUAUCCUGGUUGCAUCUUACAUGCACGCAGUACAGUGGUAUUUCCCGUUGGUUUAUGAGCCCUCCUUUCAACCGCGCCUAAAUUCACUGCUCCGCGAAAAGACAUGUUCUCUCGCUGACCAGCCGUUCCUAAUGCUCUCCCUCGCCGCAAUGCUCCUAGGGCUGUAUUUUGCCACGCCGCAAGACCUCAAGAAUAUCAUCCGCAUUCCCCCCGGGGAUAUAUCUUGUCUUCGAGCGCAGAUGACCUCUGUGCUUGAGAAAAACUUCCUUGGCUCCUUUGAGCAACAUAACCUAGACUGGAUAUGCUUCUCAUCCUUGCUAGCUCUGUACAACGUCCUUAACCGGAGAACACGACGCGGAACCAUGCUGAUAGCGUCCGCCAUCCAAGCCGCCAAAGACCUGAAACUGGACAAAGCGACCAAUUCCGCGUCAGUGACAGUGGGCGAGAAUGAGAUGCGAAAGAGGGUUUGGUGGACACUAUUCGCAGCAGACGGAUUUGUCGGUCUCUCCGCAGGUCGAGCACCAAUGGCCAGACUAGAAGAAAUUACCGUCACAGAAUCUCUCGAUUCAGACAACUCGAUGCGAUCACCAGAGUUUCAGUCCAUGGAAGUGAGAGACGACGGUUCUCUACAACCAGUUACGACAUGCUCCUUUCAGAGGUACAGAGCAAGGUUGUUCCGGGUUGCAGCGCGCCUUAAUACGAAACGAUAUACAUCUCAGCAUCCUUACAAGAAUGGGAGCUUUAAGGACGAAACGCGAGAUAUAUACAAUGAACUUGAGCGAUGGAGAGAGUCGCUUCCCCCAGAGCUAUGUCUAGAUUCAUACACAGAACUCGAGGCUUUCAAUGAGCGCGAGAAUACAGCUGGCCAGAUAUUUCGAGUACAAGCGCUCACGCUGAAACUACUGUACGAGAAUAUACAAGUGCUCUUAUUCUGGCCCUUUAUCAAAAGCUGCCGAGAAGCAGAUGGUCCUGUUACGCGCAGAGCAGCACAGGCGGCAACUUCUUCGACGGGGGAGAAUGAUCUAGCGAGUUUCGCCAGGGCGCACUGCUUCCAGUCCGCAAUGCGGUUUGCCCGCAUCGGCCAAUAUGAGAGCAUUCUCCACAUGUCGUAUAAAACGCCAGUUGUUAUUCCGUUGGCAGCUUCAUCGAUGACGUUUGGCGCUAUACUCGGGAUGUUGGCUCUUCUGAAUCCGACGUCUGCGUCUGUCCGCGACUACAAGAUUUGCUUGGCGAGUAUCGUCAAAUUACCCAAGAUGUGUAAUUUUAAAAAUGUUCUUUGCGAGCAAGCUACGGAGAUACUGCAAGGUAUACUGAGGCUUAUUUGUUCGGAGGAGGCUGAUUCGCUGCUGGCGGGCGACCUCCCGCCACCAAUGCAGUUUGCAGAUGAUGCUGCCAGUAAGAGAGGCAGUGCUCAGGAUAUGGGGCUGGAGGGAGUUGAGCAGGGGGGGAUGGUUGACACUGGAAUGUUUUCUGGCUCAGAUACGUCUGAUUUUGUGUAUGUGGAUAUUCUGGCAGAUUGUUAUACCACGCUCGCGAACUUGUAUGGGCUGAAUCUUGAUCUGGAGAACUUGGGGUAG